AAUUUAUUCCGCAUCGAUUAAACGGAAAAUAAUUCAGCUGCUGAAUUUUUCCGGUUUAUCGAACUGCGUGUUUCUAUAGCGACGGUCAUGGCGCGAAUAGAAGUUUCAUCGAUGAAACAGGCGCACUAUCGAUGCAACGUGCUUACAAAGAAAGAAAUAAUUAUUUUAUCAUUGAACGAUGAAGAUCGAGGAGGUAAAGAGUACCGCGAAGACUCAGAGAAUCUCGGCUCACACGCAUAUCAGAGGAUUGGGUCUUGACGAGAAUGGACUGGCGAUACAAACCGCUGCUGGUCUCGUCGGCCAGGAAAUGGCCCGCGAGGCAGCUGGAAUUGUAGUAGAUAUGAUAAAGUCAAAGAAAAUGGCUGGGAGAGCUGUACUAUUGGCAGGUCCACCUGGUACAGGAAAGACAGCGAUUGCUUUAGCUAUUGCCCAAGACCUAGGUAGCAAAGUACCAUUCUGUCCCAUGGUAGGCUCCGAAGUUUACAGUUCUGAGAUAAAGAAAACUGAAGUCUUAAUGGAGAACUUCAGAAGAGCUAUUGGCCUUAGAAUUAAGGAAACUAAAGAAGUAUACGAAGGAGAAGUCACAGAACUGACUCCUGUUGAAACAGAAAAUCCCAUGGGUGGAUAUGGGAAAACGGUUUCCCAUGUAAUCAUUGGAUUAAAGACAGCUAAAGGCACCAAGCAAUUGAAAUUAGAUCCUUCGAUAUAUGAAUCUUUACAAAAAGAGAAAGUGGAGACUGGGGAUGUAAUUUAUAUCGAAGCAAACAGUGGUGCUGUGAAGAGGCAGGGUAGGAGCGACAAUUUUGCUACUGAGUUUGAUUUAGAAGCAGAAGAGUACGUUCCUUUACCCAAGGGAGAUGUACAUAAGAAAAAAGAAGUUAUUCAGGAUGUAACGUUGCACGAUUUGGACGUUGCUAAUGCGAAGCCACAGGGUGGGCAAGACAUCAUGUCGAUGAUGGGUCAGUUAUUGAAACCCAAGAAGACAGAAAUUACAGAUAAACUGCGUAAAGAGAUAAACAAAGUAGUGAAUAAGUACAUCGAUCAGGGAAUCGCGGAGUUGGUACCAGGAGUUUUAUUCAUAGACGAAGUGCACAUGCUGGACAUAGAGACGUUCACGUAUUUGCAUCGAGCGUUGGAAAGCGCAAUCGCUCCAAUAGUGAUCUUUGCAACGAACCGAGGAAGAUGCGUAAUCAGAGGAACAGAGGACAUAGUAUCGCCACAUGGAAUACCUUUGGAUCUUCUAGACAGAUUAUUGAUCAUACGAACGCUUCCGUAUUCGAGAUCAGAGAUAGAACAAAUCGUUAAAUUGCGAGCUUCGACGGAGGGACUGCAAAUCGAAGACGAGGCUCUGUCCGCUCUCGGAGAAUUAGGUACUAAAACGACGCUUAGAUACGUGGUGCAGCUUUUGACCCCAGCGGCGUUGACCGCGAAAGUGAACGAGAGAACGAUAAUUAAAAAGGAGGACGUGGAAGAAGUCGGAUCUCUGUUCUUAGACGCGAAAUCUUCCGCGACGAUCCUCACUCAAAAUAAGGAUAAGUUUAUGAAAUGAACGCAUGGAAAUUAAUUAGGAAUGUUUAAAUUAAAGACUGUAUUAUAAUUAUUUCUUAUGUUUUCAACAGUAGAUCUUAUCACAGAAUUUUUCUAAGAAUAAAGUUCAGUUCUAGUGAAA